UCAUAUCAUACCUACCUCUAUCUCUCCCAUGGCUUCUUCCCCUAAGUCAACUCCCCUAAUUCUUACCCUCCUCCUCCUCCAACAAUUCUCCACCAUCGCCACCGCCCACGGCGGCGGCGGCGACGACAACGACGGCGACAAAUCCGAUCACCACCUCCACAACCGGUCGCUAAUCCUCGUAAAAAUAUGGUGCCUCAUCAUCAUGUUCGCCACCACAUUCGCCGGCGGCAUCUCCCCCUACUUCUACCGGUGGAAUGAAACGUUCCUCCUCCUCGGCACGCAGUUCGCCGGCGGCGUCUUCCUCGCCACCGCCCUCCUGCAUUUCCUCAGCGACUCCGAGGAGACCUUCAGCGAUCUGACCUCCAAGAAAUAUCCCUUCGCCUUCAUGCUCGCCGCCGCCGGAUAUUUGCUCACCAUGCUCGGCGACUGCGUGGUCGCGGCGAUAAUGAGGGACGCCGCCGCCGAUAAGGAGCUCCCGUUGGAGGAUGGCCGGCAAGAGCAGCCGCCGGCGGCGGCGGAGACGAGUCCGUAUUUUGUGAAGACGACGUCCGCCGGAGACACCGUGCUGCUUAUACUUGCGCUGUGCUUCCACUCCGUCUUCGAGGGCAUCGCCGUCGGAGUUUCCGCUACUAAAGGAGACGCGUGGCGAAACAUGUGGACGAUCUCACUACACAAGAUAUUCGCGGCCAUCGCGAUGGGCAUUGCGCUUCUAAAGAUGAUACCAAAGAGGCCAUUGGCGACAACCGUGGCCUACUCAUUCGCCUUUGCGAUUUCAAGCCCCGUCGGGGUGGGGAUAGGCAUUGCUCUCGACGCCACCACACAAGGGCGUAGCGCGGAUUGGACUUACGCCAUCUCGAUGGGGAUAGCGUGCGGAGUUUUCGUCUAUGUAGCCAUUAACCAUUUGAUGGCUAAAGGCUUUAUUCCUCAAGCCAAAUCCUACUUUGAUACCCCUUUCUAUAAGUUUUUUGCAGUUGUUCUUGGAGUUGGAACAAUUGGUGUUGUUAUGAUAUGGGAUUAGGGUUUUUUUUUUUUUUUUUUAAGAUUUUUAUCAUGAGUUUGAUUUCUUCAAAUGUUGUCUCAACUAUAUGAAAAUUGUUUGUGUGAAAUUGUUCUUCUCUAUAUGUAUUUUAUUUUUUUU